AUGGGAGUUGUCGUUUCAAGUAAAAUUAGACAAAUAUGUUCACCUUAUGAUGAACCAUCAGCUCGAAUAAUAAUUGUUGGUCUUGAUUCAGCUGGUAAAACAACAUUAGUACAAAGAUUUAAAAAUUUAGUUGAUUUACAAUUGGAUAUACAUGCAUCUUUUAUUGAAUCUAUUACAACGGAACCAACAUUUGUUUAUCAAGUUGAAAAUAUUUAUCCACGUCUUUCACCAAUAUCAUUUAAUAUAUGGGAUUUAGGUGGACAAGAAAAAACAAGAGAAUUAUGGAAAUUUUAUCUAACUGAUAUUCAGGGUGUAGUGUUUGUUAUUGAUUGUCAUGAUGCCCAACGAAUAAAAGUUGCAAAAAAAGAACUAUUAAAUCUAUCGAAGAAAUUAGGUCGAUCAUCGAUUAUUCCAAUAGUUAUUGCUGCUAAUAAACAAGAUCUACCAUAUUCAUUAAGAAAAGAAGAACUUAUUGAAGCAUUAUCAUUACCAAAAAUACAAUCUAAUGAAUGGAAAGUAUUUGAAAUGAGUGCUCAUACUGGAGGUGGUGUAAUGGAAAUGUUUUCUUAUCUAUCUCAAUUUAUUCAUACACAUCAUCAAUAA